CCCUUAGCCGUGGGAUACGUGUGCACGUGUUCGUAUAUAUACAUAUAUGUGUAUAUAUAUAUAUACUGAGGCCUGAGGGUGAAAUCCAGUUGGAAGGUGAAUGAUAGCGACAUAAAAUGGCAAUUACUCUCUACGGCGCGGUGCACUACUGGCUGGUGGACCAUCCAAUCAUCAGCCACUACGAGUGGAAGCCCGGCAAAACUCCCGGCGCCACCCCAUCCUUCGUCGCCGCCGCCGUCGCCGCCUAUCUCUUCCUCACUCUUCUCCUGCAACGCUUUCCGAUCCUCCCGGAGCUCCCCUCCGCCGUGCUCCGCCCGCUCGCUGCCGUCCACAACACCAUCCUCUGCGCCCUGUCCGUGAUCAUGGCGGUCGGCUGCGCCCUGUCGGUGAUCCACCAGACGCCGCCGGGGAACCCGAUGUGGUGCGUCUGCUUCCCCGCCGGCACGGAGCAGCGCGGCCCGACGUUCUUCUGGGGCCACGUGUUCUAUUUCUCCAAGGUCCUGGAGUUCGUCGACACCCUGCUGAUACUCCUCAGCGGGUCCCGGACCCGCCGGCUCUCGUUCCUCCACGUGUUCCACCACGCGGUGGUGGUGGUGAUGUGCUACCUCUGGCUGGCGGCGCCGCAGACGCUGUUCCCGGUGGGGGUGGUGACCAACUCCGCCGUCCACGUCCUCAUGUACGGAUACUACCUGCUGGCGGCGCUGGGCCACCGGCCGCCGUGGAAGAGGGCGGUGACGGACUGCCAGAUCACGCAGUUCCUGUUCGGGUAUUUGAUUUCGGGUCUGAUGCUUUACCUGCACUUUUCCGGGUCGGGUUGCUCUGGAAUGCGGGUUUGGGUUUUCAACACCAUUUUUGGGACUACGCUUUUGGUGCUCUUCCUCAACUUCCAUAUCAAGAACUAUGCACGGAAGCGUAAGCUGCUUUGAUAGGAUCAACGGUCUCGAUUUCUCUAUCAUCUUACCUCACCUACUUAUUUCUAUUUCCCUCUGCACUGUAUACCUUUCCUUUGCUCAACGAAACGUUAAUUUAAA